UAAAAUAAAAUGUCAAUAAUAAUUGGACGGCAAAAUGAUGACAUUUAGCAAUAGCAAAUACAUUGAAAACGAAUGAAAAUAAAGAAUAAUAAAGCGCAUACAAGUGCUUUAUUUUAAAAUGAAUAUCACACUAACAAGCUUGGAAGCGUUAAUCUUAAAAGCAACUCACGAAUCUCUACCACAACCUGAUGUUGCUGCUUUGGAAGCUUUCUAUACUAUAAUGCGAGAGUCAGCAGAAGGCCCACAAUAUGCCGCUCAAGCCUUAGCAGCCCGUAUUCACUCACCAAAUGCUCGAGAAGCUAUUUUAGCAUUAUCCAUGUUAGAUCGUUGUAUGCGUCGUGGAGAUGCUAAUUUUCACUCUGAGAUUGGCAAGUUUCGGUUUCUUAAUGAAAUGAUUAAACUCGUUUCACCUAAACAUUUUGCAGACAAAACUGCACCUGAAGUGAGGACAAUGGUUCUCCAACUUAUACAUGCCUGGUCGAUAGAAUUUCCAAAAGAAACCAAGUUUAAAGUUGCUUAUGACAUGCUCAAAAACCAAGGGGUGAUCAAAGAAACCCCUCCACCACUACCUCCAGAGGAUACAAACAUUCCUCGCUUGAGAGCAAAGAAUGCUAUAUUUGAAGAUGAGGAAAAAUCUAAGUUAUUGCAGAAGUUACUCCAAAGCAAAAAGCCAGAAGACCUGCAGCAUGCCAAUAGACUUAUUAAAACUAUGGUUCGAGAAGAGGAGAGGCGGACAGAAGCGAAUAGCCGUAAAGCUCAGGAGGUUAUAGCGGCUCUGGAUAGUGCAGGGCUACUAAAAGACCUGCUGGAACAUUCAGCAGACGCGUCUGCUGAUGAGGAGCAGCUGAUUCAUGAACUGCAUGCUAGCUGUGUUCGACUGCGGCCAGUACUGCAAAGACUGGCAUCUUCGGAUGCUCAGGCAGAUAACUUAUCGGAAAUAUUACAUGCAAGUGAUGUUCUCGAUGAGGUGUUCGAGGAAUACAAUAAGUUUAUUAAUGACAAGAAAAACAAAUCAAACGGUAAUACAGCUGGUUCUCAGACUAAUAACAGUUUGUUGGACUUUGCGGGAGCCAGCAUUAACUCACAUCAACAAAAAACAAAUCCUUCAACGAUUGAUGAGCUAGGAGAUAUCUUCAACAAUGACGGUGAAGUCACUAAUAUUGCAGAGCCAUUGAAGCCUGUUAAUUUGAUGACUAUAGAAGAUAAUGGGAAACAGGAAACGAAAGAGAAGAAGGUUGAAGGGUGGCAUGAACUGGACACAUUGGGUGAACAGUUAAUGAAACAAUCAUUACCUAAUAGUGUCAAACGUCUCGAUAAUUUUAACAGUAAACAUUCAAAGAAGAUACCCAUGAAUGCUUUGGAGACGACCUUACCUAAACAUGACACACAAACUGCUAACAAUAACGCAAUACUGGACUUAGAUUUCUUCACAAAGAAAGUAGAGAAAGUUGUCAAUAUCUCCCCACAGGCACAUUCAUCAAAACCAACCACUCCAAAUGAUGAUGUGAUGGUAGAUAUCAGUUCAGACGAUCAAACCAACUAUGUAGAAAAUAUAUGUCUCCCAAAGGACAGUUCAGCAGACAAUAUUAUAGAUAUAGGACUAACGGGUGACAAUAAGACAAAUAGUAUUAUAGCAGAUGACAGAAAGGAGAUAAUUAAGGCUGAACAAAAAGAUAUGAAAAGUAAAUGUGAUUUGAAACCUCUAUCAGACAUAAAUGUCACCCUACAAAGUGUGCACCCCAGUAAAGUACCUCCGAUGACAGCGUUUGAGGAAGAAGAUGGUUUGAAGGUGGUGCUGCAUUUCUGUAAAGAUAAACCGAGGCCUGAUGUCAAUGUUGUUGUUAUAUCAACUACAAGUAAUUGUAAGAUGCCCAUUGAGGAAUACAAGUUCCAAGCUGUCGUUCCUAAGGGUUGUAAGGUCCGUUUGUUAGAAGCAUCCGGUACGUCACUUCCGGUGUAUAACCCGUUCCUGCCACCACCAGCCUUAACACAGCUCAUGUUGCUGGCAACACCAUCGUCCACAUCACUACAACUUCGUUUCGUACUCACAUACACCAUCGAGGGGGACACGUGCAGUGAAAUGGGCGAAGUGGUAUUGCCACUUCAAGAUAUAUAAUAUUAUUAAACAAUAAUAUCUGGUAACACUUCGAUAUGAAUCAUAAAGGAGUUAGUGAUUCGAUUGCACAAAAGUGGCCUAAGUUAUGUUUAGUUGUUUAACAAUUUUAAGUGUAAAUGAUUUAUAAUACUGAUAUAGUAUUUCUGCGGCAAAAAUCUUUUUACUUUCGUAAAUUUCUAAACGUACGGUAAUUAUGAAUUUAAUGUACCGUUUCCAGACGCACAAAAUUAUUGAUCUCAUUUUAAUUAUUUCAUUUGAAAUAAUACGUAUUUUCUAUAUAUUUAGGGUUGUGUAUAUUUUACUUUCAUUGCCACUUUCGUGCUCUCACAUUAUUGAACGUAACUCAAAAUGACCUAAGUCAUAAAUUAGUUAACAAUUGAGAACUAUGAAAAGGCCAAUAGUAACAAAAUAUAUAAUUAGAUUUGAAAAAAGUGACCCGUUUAUAAGGAGCAUAUAAGCGGACAUGUUUUUUAUUGUGAUGUUUUGCAUUUAAUAUCGGUUCUAGUCGGAUUUCAAACUAAGUUUCGACAUUCCAUUGAAGACGAUUAAUUCUUAAAUUAAUAUUUUAAAAUAUGUUUAAUUAAAACUUUAUCUAAGUUUCAUUGUGUUUCUGAACGUCAUAACAGCAAAGUAUUCGUUAUCUACAUACGAAUAUUUUAAAUUUUAUUAUUUAUUUAGCUGUGCAAUAUUCAAUAUCGGAAUUAAAUACAAAUAUAAUAUUUAUAUGAAGAGUAAAUAAUAUCUGCUUA